CUUGAGCUCAGUUCGAAAUUCCCUCCAAACUUUCCAUUGCGCUCAUAACAAACACAUCUCUCGUUUCACCUCAGCUAUAACCCGACUUCCAAUCAACCCAGGACUGGAGGAAGGUCGACACGGGGCCUGAGCUGAGGGAAAAUGGCUGCCGUGAAUGAUCAUGAAGACGGACACUGGGAAGCUGCUAACGGCAAAUUCGAGGACGAUGAAUAUUCGCCUGAAAGAGCUUCAGGAUCCGAGAUGGACGAGCAGAGAAAACAAAACAUUGCCUAUCAAUACUUGUGUCAUCUUGAAGAAGCGAGAGUUUGGAUGGAGGCUUGUUUGAAAGAGGAACUACCAGAAACUACAAAUAUGGAGGAGGCCUUGCGCUGUGGGGUACACCUCGCGAAAUUGGGAAACUUUUUCAGCCCAAAAAUGGUUCCAGCUCGUAAGAUAUUCGACAAAGACUGUAAACAUUACACGUCCAAAGGCCUCCAUUUUCGUCACACAGACAACAUAAAUUACUUCUUCAAGGCAUGCGAUGAAGUAGGAUUACCACAGGUAUUCUACCCAGAGACCACGGAUAUUUAUGAUAAAAAGAAUAUGCCUAAACUCAUCUACUGCAUUCAUGCUCUCAGUUUGUUUCUGUUCAAGCUUGGCUUAGCGCCUCAGAUACAAGACCUCUAUGGGAAAGCAGAAUUCACAGAGGAGCAGAUCAGUGCUAUGCGUAAAGAGCUUGAGAAAUAUGGCCUACAGAUGCCAGCGUUUAGUAAAAUUGGUGGCAUUCUGGAAAGUGAGCUUCCUGUAGAUGAAGCAGCGUUGCAUGCUGCUGUGAUUGCCAUCAAUGAGGCUAUCGAUCAUCAAGACAUUGCUGGUACUAUGGAAGCUCUGCAGAACCCAAAUGCCCAUCUUGUCGACCUAGAUAGAGACAACUCUGAUGAGUACCAAGUUGCGUUGUACGAUGCCAAGUCAACCAAGUCUGCACAAGCUCAAGUAAAGUCUCCAGGCAGUAAAGGUGAAGAAGACAUCUAUGACAGACUGCUGACCCAGGCAGAGAUUCAGGGAAAUGUCAACAAGGUCAACGACAGUGUGAGAAAGAGGAGAGCUGAAGCUGCAUUGGAGGAAGCUGUGUUCAGCAUCAACAAAGCUUUGGCUGAUGAGGAUCAAGAUGCAUUGCGUAAAGGCCUAAUGAAUAAAUCCUCACGACUCAAAGAGGUGGAUACAAAUCACAUGCACUGGUACAUGCAAGCAUUACUGGAGCAAAGAAACUUUAAGCUUGAGGCUUCAGGGAAUGGGGAUCUGACUCAUAGUGAGAUACAAACGGUGGUGGCCGCAGCCAACACUCAGGCUGAAGCAUACCAGCAGAUGCAAUCUGUUGUGAAGUCCAUUAAUGCAAACCUAGACACUGAUAAUUGUGAUGAGACACACAUGCUUCUGCGGAGACCCGAGACCAUGCUACCUGAAGUAGCUAACAGAAGUGCUUUUCUCUACCAUGACUGCCUUGCCAAAACAAAGCAGGCAAAUGGCCAGGAUCUCACCUUUGAUGAGAUUUCAGAGCAGAUUAAAGUUCUUACCAUCACUGCCGCCAUUAAUGCCGCCAUUGAGAAAAGAGACACUGACGAACUUAUCUACGAGAUGCUGCGCCCACAGUCCCAGCUAUCAGCAGUCGACGAGACAUUGGCUGGCCGCUAUUUGGACCAUUUCGUGUCUGUGAAGCAAGAAAAAGCGCAGGACUGUGGUGUCGGCCGUGACGAUCUGACGACCAUCGAGCUACAGCUCUGUAUCGAAUACGUGAACACAGUCAUACAGGAAGAGAACGAGCUAAUCGCCGCCAUCUCCGCCAUCAAUGAGGCUAUCGACACUGGUGACUCAGCCAACACGAUCCACACCCUGUCACUGGAUGAAGCCAAACUGUCAGGUGUCGACGAGUCGAAUGCUGACCUUUAUCAGGCAGUGCUUCACGCUGGCAAGGUCGCCAAGGCAGAGAAAACUGGCGAGGACUCAGCUGAACUUUGGCACGGUGAGAUACAAACAUGUUUGGACCAGUCCAAUAAGCACGCGGGCGACACGCAUCAGCUUGUCGAGGGACUGGUUGCUAUCAACCACUCCAUAGACAACGGGGACGAGGAAGAGCUGCUAUCCGCCCUAGGGGACCCUGCGGCGUCUAUACGCAGCGUCACGCCAGACUGCGCCAACGCCUAUGUCAAGUCGUUACAGAAAGCUAAAAAGGCCAAGAAAGAUGCAGGUAACACGUCACCCUGGCUGGCCCACAGAACCAAUCACGGCCUCGUGUUUUUCUACAACAGUCAGUCUGGAGACACGUGUUGGGUCACGCCCCCCGAUUACCAGGACAACUCGGCACUGCUUACACGCGAGGAGAUCCAGCAAGUGGUGGACCGCGUUACCGGGGAUUAUGAUCACAUGGUCUACCUUCAGUCAAACGAGCCAAUGAUCGUUAAGCUGCAGUCGCACUGGAAGGGUUACCUGGCGCGUAGGGCGUACAAAGACAGGCAGACUUUUAUUAAGGAACAACUUCCCGCCAUUCUAAGAAUACAGGCAAACAUAAGGGGAUUUUUACAGCGAGUGAAAUAUCGACGACGAUUGGCGGAGUUGAAAAGUUCUGAAAAUGACGUCAUCAAGAUCCAGUCAUGGAUGCGCAUGUGCCUUGCCCGCAAGAAAUACCUACAGCGUGAGAAAUACUUCAAAGAGCAUCAAGCAGCGAUCAUCAAGAUCCAGGCGUGGGUGCGUGCGAACGUGGCGCACAACGACUACAAAAAACUCAUUACGAUGCAGGACCCGCCUGUCAAGACGGUUUGCAAGUUUCUCCAUCUUCUACAGCACAGCGAUGCAGACUUUGAAGAAGAACUCGAGCUUCAAAAGCUGCGUGCCCAAGUCGUCACAGAUAUAAGAUCCAAUCAGCAGCUAGAGAACGACUUAAACCUGAUGGACAUCAAGAUCGGGCUGCUGGUCAAAAACAGGAUCACAUUACAAGAUGUCAUUCACCAUAACAAGAAGCUGAAGCGGGAGAAGCAGGAUAUGGCGAGUGCCGUGCAGAGAACCAAGGGCAUUCGGUCACUCAGCAAGGAGAGCAGAGAAAAGCUUGAGGCCUAUCAGAACCUCUUUUACCUACUGCAGACCAACCCAACCUACCUGGCCAAGUUGAUCUUCGCCAUGCCUCAGAGCAGGACUACCAAGUUCAUGGAAUCUGUCGUUCUCACCUUGUACAAUUAUGCGUCAAACGCUCGUGAGGAAUACCUUCUACUAAAGCUCUUCGAGACAGCCCUCCGGGAAGAGAUCUAUUCUAAAGUUGAUCAACUACAAGAGAUUAUCACAGGCAACCCGACCGUUAUCCGUAUGGUGGUUCACUUUAACAGAGGUGCACGUGGUCAGAGCUCCUUACGAGAGUUGUUAGAACCUCUUGUGAAUGACGUACUGAAUGAACGAAACCUUAACAUCAACACCAACCCCUUAGACGUGUACAAGGGCUGGGUCAAUCAAAUGGAGUCCGAGACCGGACAGACGAGUAAACUCCCGUACGAUGUCGACCCUGAGCAAGCCCUGAGUCACCCCGAGGUCCGUGAGAAGAUCGCCAUGUCCAUGAGGAAUCUCAUACAGGCCACCGACAAAUUCCUCAACUCAAUCGUGCAGUCUGUGGAAAAAAUACCUUACGGGAUGCGUUACGUUGCUAUGACUUUACGGCUGGCGUUAACUGAGAAGUUCCCCAACCUUUCAGAGGAAGAAAUAAUCAAGGUCGUUGGUAAUUUGGUGUACUACCGGUACAUGAAUCCCGCCAUCGUCGCUCCUGAUGCUUUUGACAUUGUAUCCAUCAGCGUGGAGCGGGGCCUGCAACCCGAACAGCGGCGAAACCUGGGAACGAUAGCUAAACUGCUGCAAUUUGCAGCUUCAAAUAAAAUGUAUGCUGACGAGAAUGCACAUCUUAGUGAGUUGAACGGUUACAUCGCAGAGGCUCAUAAGAAAUUCAAGAAGUUUUUCCUUGACGUAUCCACUGUUGAAGACCCCGAAUCUCGUUUUAACAUCGAUGAAUACACGGAUGUGGUUCUGCUCACCAAACCAAUCAUUUACAUCUCCGUACAAGAGAUUUGCGACACACACACGCUACUUCUCGAGCACAGGGAGGAAAUCGCCCCUGAUCCCAAUGAUCCUUUACAUGAGUUGCUGGAUGAUCUGGGGGAUGCGCCCAAUGUAGCGGAUCUUAUUGGCGCUCAAGCAGACAGUGCCGAGGAACAAGCACAACAAGUGGCCAGCAUUUCGAAGACCGAGAUCUCGCUCACGCUAACCAACAAGUUCGAAGUUCCUGACGAUGAUGACUCGGAUAUGAGAGCUCUAUUCGUAAGGACGAAGCGUAUGAUCGUAGAAGUUCUCCUGGUGCAGCAUGGAGAUAAUUUGACAGAAAUACUCGAGACGCCGGCGACCGAGGAACAGGAAAACCACCACUCAGCGAUAAUCAAGGAACGGGAAAAGAAAGAGAAGGAGAAAAGAAAAGAUCAUCAAGUGCGGAGAUCUGCGUCGAUUUACGGAGACCACAAGCUUCCUCUUGAAGGUCUGAAGCGUAAAAUCAUCCGUAAUCUGCGAAUGCUUGAGAGUCAAGGACUUGUGACAAUAAAGAACGAUUAUCAAGACAUCGUCAAUGCCAUAGCAAAGGAUAUCCGUAAUCAGAGGCGGUACAGACAGAGAAGAAGACAAGAGCGCAAGAAACUCAACCAGACUCUGGACAGCCUGCAGACGAAGACUCACUUUUACGAAGAGCAGAUCGAUUACUACAAUCAGUACAUAAGGGUGUGCCUCGAUAACUUGUCCAAGAAGGGAAAAAAGCCUUCGGGUCGAGGCUUGAGACAGAAAAAAUCCAAAGAAGAAGUGUUCAAAGGGGACCUGAAAUACAGCGCGCAGAAGCUCUACGAGAAAGGCGUUAUCUUGGAGAUUGAGGGACUUCCGCCAGCACAGUUCAAAAACGUUCAAUUUGAGAUCAAAUCGGGCGAUGACGUGGGAUCCUUCGAAGUGUCUGCCAAAUUCAUGGGCGUGGCAAUGGAAAAAGUCGAGCUCGUCUUUCAGGACCUUUUGCAGCUUCAGUACGAGGGUGUCGCGGUGAUGAAGAUGUUCGGCCGCGCGAAAAUCAACGUCAACUUACUCAUCUUCCUCAUCAACAAGAAAUUCUACGGCAAGUAGAGCCCACGAUGUGAGACGGCUGACUCGGACAUGCGCAGAGAACUGCUCACCCAGAAGGCUUCAAGGGUAGUUGAAAGUAAACACAGCUCUUAACUUCGUCACCAGGAUCUUCAGAGUAAUUUUCAAUAUAGCGUCUAGCUCACCCGGGGAGAUGAGGCUGGUUUGCCUCAGGAGUCACCUCGGGAAUUUGCUGUUCACUGAACGUUCUAGAUAUAGAAACAAACAUAAAAUGUCCUGAUCUUAUGCUAAGCAUAGUCAAGCUAGACAUGACGUACAUUGUAUGUCACGUCAUUUAUAGAUUUAUAGAUGUGUUAUCGUGUCGUGCUGUGAAUGUUAAUGGUAAAUAUAGGGUAAUUAUGCCAUCUGUGACGUCCUCAAUCAAAAUUACUUCUAUAAACUAAAAUUAUUUAUACAAGGGUAACAUGUGCACAUGUCUGACCUAGAGAGCCUGGUAAUUAAUGCAGUGUCAUUUACAGUACAGAAUCUGUCCGGGGUGGUCUAGUGACUAGCUACCAGGCUAUUAGGUCAGUUGACAGAAGAUAACUACCCAAGGUAAAUAUCAAAUAGAAAUAAAUUUAGUAAUAAAUCUUUUUAACAUAAA